AUGUUCCCAAACGUCACACAGUUGGUUACCAAAUUUAGCGAGCGAGAAGAAGCAACAGAAGAUGAAGAAGUAGAAGAAGGAGAGGAGAAGGAGAAGAAGAAGAAGAAGAAGAAGAAGAAGAAAAAAGAUGACUUACGAAAAGCAGAAGUGACAAACGGACAACAGAGUGAAUUAAAUGUCAAUGUUAGACUUAAGUCUGUGCUAAUGGAGGUUCAUGAAAAAUGUCAGUGA